UCAACAGGUGCUGUGUCGCUUCAUGAACAAGCUGGCUCCUGGAUCCGUUCCAAAGAUCAACACGUCCGGAAGCCAGUUCAAGAUGAUGGAAAACAUCAACAACUUCUCCCAGGCCAUGAGAAAGUAUGGCGUGCCCAUCGUCGACCUGUUCCAGACGUCUGACCUCUUCGAGAAGAAAGACCUGGCUGUGGUCACCAACUCCCUCUUCUCGCUCGGGCGCACGACGUACCAGCACCCCGAGUGGCCUGGGCCUUCUGGCCCCCGGCCGGCCGAGGAGCACCACCCGGAGUUCAGCGAGGAAGCAAUCAUCGCGGGCAAGGCCACCAUCGGGCUCCAGGCGGGCUCGAACAAGGGCGCCACGCAGGCCGGCGACAACACGGGCGCCGCCCGCAGGGUCAUCCUCGGAAAGUAGGCUGCCCGGACAGGGGGGAGG